AUGUGUGCUCUGACAAUGAGCAUCAACUCCUCCCUCAGCAAUGGGAAGGGCCUGAGAAACCUCACAGCGCAGGAAGACGGGGCAGUCAGAGUCACCGAGUCGAUUGCUAUUAUCGUCAUUGCUAUUUUCAUCUGCUUGGGCAACUUGGUGAUUGUCGUCACCCUCUAUCGGAAGUCUUACCUCCUUACGCUGAGCAACAAGUUUGUGUUCAGUCUGACACUGUCCAACUUCCUUCUGUCUGUCCUGGUGCUUCCUUUUGUCGUCACCAGCUCCAUCAGGCGGGAAUGGAUCUUUGGAGUAGUUUGGUGCAACUUUUCUGCCCUGCUCUAUAUGCUGAUCAGCUCGGCCAGCAUGCUAACUCUUGGUCUCAUUGCUAUAGAUCGGUACUAUGCUGUCUUAUAUCCAAUGGUGUAUCCAAUGAAGAUUACAGGAAACAGAGCAGUUGUAGCCCUUGUGUAUGUGUGGUUACACUCCCUCAUUGGCUGCCUUCCUCCUCUCUUUGGCUGGUCUUCCUUGGAGUUCGAUCAAUUCAAAUGGAUGUGUGUGGCUGCGUGGCAUAAGGAGGCAGGCUACACAGCCUUUUGGCAGAUCUGGUGUGCUUUGCUGCCCUUCCUGGUUAUGAUGAUCUGCUACGGAUUCAUAUUUCGUGUGGCUAGGAUUAAAGCGCGCAAGAUUCACUGCGGUAGCGUGGUCAUUGUAGAGGAGGAUGCUCAGAGGAAUGGGAGAAAGAACUCUAGCACCUCCACCUCCUCUUCGGGCAGUCGAAGGAAUGCUUUCCAAGGGGUUGUCUACUCAGCCAAUCAGUGCAAAGCUUUCAUAACCAUCUUGGUUGUCAUUGGUGCUUUUGUGAUCACAUGGGGGCCCUACAUGGUAGUAAUUACGUCAGAAGCACUUUGGGGGGAAAAUAGCAUUUCUCCUGCUCUGGAGACAUUAGCAACAUGGUUAUCUUUUUCAAGUGCCAUUUGCCAUCCACUGAUUUAUGGACUCUGGAACAAAACAGUGCGCAAAGAACUAUUAGGAAUGUGUUUUGGGGACCGGUAUUACCGGGAGUCAUUUGUUCAGCGUCAUAGGACAGCCAGAUUAUUCAGCAUUUCCAAUAGGAUCACAGAUCUGGGACUAUCUCCCCAUCUUACAGCUCUCAUGGCAGGUGGGCGACCUUUAGGACACAGCAGCAGCACAGGGGACACUGGUUUCAGCUGCUCUCAGGAUUCAGGGACAGAUGUGAUGCUGCUUGAGGAUUAUAGUUCGGAUGGAGCUCAUCACCCACAUUGCGUUUAUCCCUAUCGACGGAGGAGUUCGGUGACAUUCGAAGACGAAGUGGAGCAAAUCAAAGAAGCUGCAAAGAAUUCCGUUCUUCAUGUAAAAGCUGAAGUCCAUAAAUCUCUGGACAGUUAUGCAUCCAGUUUAGCCAAAGCUAUUGAAGCUGAUGUGAAAAUCAGCUUGUUUGGAGAAGAUGCUUUACCAGGAGCUUUGUUUCCUUCGUGGACUAUACCAGGCGGCAAUGUGGGUGUACGGCGUGGUGGCAGAGCCCAGGCUGGCCAAAGACUUCAGCUUCAAAGCAUCGAUGAAGGGAAUAUUUGA